UAGUUUCACGAUGCUUGUUUAUCUACGAACAGCCUGGAGAACAUUUACCAAAUCGAAUGCUGCGGUGCGGGUCAUCAAGAAAUUCCAUCAUCAUGCGUUCAGUGACAAAUAUCUGUUGCUGACCAAUGUAUCGAUUUCUCUGGGCCUAAGUAGUGCCGGUGACAUGCUGGAGCAACAAUAUGAAAUCUAUUGUGGUGAACUGGAGAAAUGGGAUCGUACACGAACAUCACAUAUGGCCGUAUCGGGAAUGACAGUGGGUGUUAUUUGCCAUUAUUGGUAUCAAAUACUUGAUUCUCGUCUACCUGGACGUUCUCUGCAAAUGGUUAUGAAGAAAAUCGUAUUGGAUCAAUUGAUUUGUUCCCCUGUUUAUAUAUCGGCAUUCUUUAUUACAUUGGGUAUUUUGGAGAAGAAAACAAAAGAGGAGGUAUUCGAGGAAAUGAAACAAAAAGCCUGGAAGUUAUAUGCCGCCGAAUGGAUGAUAUGGCCGGUGGCACAAUUUGUCAAUUUCUAUUGGCUACCAUUGAAAUAUCGAAUCUUUUAUGACAAUAUUAUUAGUUUGGGUUACGAUGUUUACACCAGUCAGGUCAAACAUACUGACUGA